AUGACUUUUCGGACUAGCUUCAUAAUUCUAUCUCUUAUUUUCCAUAUCAUCAAUGGAAUCUUUGGUUUAUCUCUUAAUGAAACAAGUAGUACAAGUGCAUUGCCAUCAGUACAAAAUUCAACAGUAGUCGUUAAAAAACUUGCAAAAUAUACACUUCAAGAAAAAACGUCAAGUAUUCAAUAUCUAUCUGAAGCUGGCUCACGUUGUGCUGAAGAUGGUUUCUAUCCAGAUAAAGAUGACUGCCGAAAAUUUCAUGUCUGCUAUAGUGGUACACAAUCGGUUCGUUGGUGCAAAGAAGGAAUGUUAUGGGAUGAAAUUAAAAUUGGUUGUGGUAUGCAGAACGUAACGGUAUGCAGUGGCGGUCGAAAAACAUGGACUCGCGAUGAAGAAACUACAACAACAACAAUUGCAUCGAAAACAUUGAAAGGAAAUUAUACGUGUCGAUCAGGUGCAAAUGGAUUAUUUGCUGAUCCGAGUUCCUGUUCGAUUUAUCAUUGGUGUGUUCUUGGUGUACUUCAUUCAACGCAUUUUUGCAAUCCUGGUUUACACUUUUCAGCUAGUGCCAGUGGAUGUGUUUGGCCAAAAGAUGCUGAAUGCGAAGGACAAAUUGCACCACCUUAUUCGUCAACUGAAUGUGCAUUAGGCAAUUCAGGUUAUUAUCCUGAUCCUUAUGAUUGUUCGGUAUUUCAUUAUUGUGAUGGUGUUCGAGUUCUUAGUGAAUCAUUACUUUGUUCAGCUGGUCGAGUUUGGAGUUCACGAUUAGAAAAUUGUGCAUGGCCUCAUGAAGUACCUGAAUGCGUCAAUUCAUGUCCUGCAAACUAUUCAAGUCAAAUGCGUUUUGCCGAUCCAGCAGUAUGUUCUCAAUAUAUUCAAUGUGUUGAUGGUCAUUUAGAACCACGCAUGUGUCCACAAAAUUUUCUUUUUGAUCGUAUUACAAAAACAUGUAAGCCAUACGAUCAAGCUGAAUGUCAUGGUAGUAAACCAGAUAUAUUUUUAACAACAACAACAACAACAACAACAGUUAAUCCUUAUCCAUCACAGGAUUCGUAUGACUAUAAUCCAACGGUUUCAGAAGAUGUCAUUAAAAAACAACGCAUCUUUCAAUUUAGUUGUAUUGUUGACGGUUAUUAUGGUGAUGUUUAUGAUUGUCGCAUUUAUCACGUAUGCGUUGAUGGCCGUGACCAUCGAUCACUUUGUGCUCCAGGUCUCGCUUGGGAAUCGCUAUUACGUUUAUGUAUGCCAGUUCAGCUUGUUAAUUGUCAAAGUUCGAAAUCAAUUGAAGGAUCACCAGAUUCAUCCAAGAAAAAAUGGCUUCAACUCUAUACUCGUUCCGUUCUAAGAACAACGACAACAUCGACAACAACAACAACACCAAAACUACCGUUUGCUUUACCCUCCAUUUUCACUUGUGCUGGUCGUUCUAACGGUUAUUACGCAGAUCCAGUUUAUUGCCAUAAAUUUCAUUACUGCGGAACGGGCUGGCAUAGUGUGAUGGAAUGUGAUAAAGGCUUAGGAUAUUCGGCUCGAGAACAUGAUUGUAUACCAAUUGAACUUGUUAAUUGUGGUGCCAAGAAGUUUCUCAAAAAACAAAAUUAG